AUGGCGGCGCGGUGGUUCGAGCGCGACGCGUGGGAACGGUGGGGGGUGACGAGCGCGCGACGGGCGAUGGGGGGGCGGGGGGCGGAGCGCGCGCGCGCGACGGAGGCGACGACGACGGGCGACGCGCGCGAUGGUACCGCGGUGAAGCGGGCGGUGGUGCGAAAACAAGCGAUGGAGGUGACGUCGAGCGCGAGUAAGCGCAUCAGGGAGUUGCUGGAGACGCGAGGGAAGGAAUAUCUGAAGAUUGGGGUGAAGCAGCGGGGGUGCAACGGGAUGACGUACACGAUGAAUUACGCCGACGCGAGCGAACGGAAGAAGUUCGAUGAACUCGUGGAGACGGAGGAUGGGGCGAAGAUUAUCGUCGAGCCGUCGGCGCUGAUGAGCAUCAUAGGGACGAAGAUGGAUUUCGUGAGCGACCGGUUGCGAAGCGAAUUCAUCUUCGAGAACCCGAACGCGAAGGCGGAGUGCGGGUGCGGUGAGUCGUUCACGGUGUGA